UUCUUUCCAGUUAUGAUAGAACAAUUCUGACAACCAGCAGGUAGUGUUUGUGCAACUGUCAGCUAAGCUCUCUUCCGCUGGAGAGGAAAUGCAAAACUCCACCUGCCGUACUGGGGUUUGGAAGCAAGACUGAUUCUCCAAAUCAACUGCAUCAUUAAGCUUAUUUCAUAUAGGUGGUUUUAAGCAGAACAACUAAGCAGAGUCAAGUUGAGGAUACAUGUGCAUAUGGAAAAUGAAAUGCAAAGGAUUAACAGAGAAAUAGGACUCUCAAAGAGGAUCGGAAAAUUUUAGUCAAGUUUUCAGCUCAUUCAUUAACUAGACUACUAUUUUUCUGAAGUUCUAAUACUUCUCUUUGGACUGUGAAAGUCUUUUAAACUCUUAGAUAAACUGAACUAUUGCUAUAGAUGCACAGUAAAAUAUGUUUCACUGCUACUCAAAAUUAAUAUUUGAACUGGUGCUCAAUGAGCAUUUGAAUUUACAGUUUUAUCCUCCCUCAAAAACAAGGGAAGGGUAAAAUGAAAGCUAUAUUAAGCAUCAUAAAGAUAGUUGAUAGAUAUGAGGGAAAAGAUUAAUGUCUAGUACUGGUAAAGAAAAGGAACCAGCAAAAAUGGGGUUAAUUCUAGCCUAAGGAAGCCUGUUCAACACCACUUCAAAUGAACACAAAUUAGAAGGACCCUGGGAAUCUAUAAAGCCAUGUUUUAUUACCAAGGAUCUGCAGUAAGAUCUGCAUUUGCUGCAAAACAAUGACAGUCAUUUAUUUAACAGAAUAUGCUUUUAUAUGGAUUUUUUGUUACUGAAUUGCUCAACAGGUGACAUUCAGUGCAGCUUGGUAUCACCUAAAUAACAUUAAAAGUUUUGACUGCUGAUAUAGCUGAAAUUAACAUAUCCACUAACAGUGUAUCUGAAUAUAAGCUAGCCUUAUGGUGUUUGGAAGAAAAUCAGAUCCGAACAAAUGACUGUGGAUGGACACACAGGAAUCAAAGGUCCAAGGAUAUUCAAUAAUUGUUAAAAGGAACAAACAGACCUAAAAUUCUGCCAUUUUCCAAUCUGCAAGACGGAACAUUUGUGAAGAAACAUUUGUGUACGUGCAAUUCAACUACCAUUAAGUUCAGAAAGGUCCUACAUGAUCUGAAACAUUAAUUUUCUCAUUUGCCUUGUGCAUGGCAUCUUACAAAUAGCAAAUUUCUUAAACGGUUUUCUUUUCUGUAACUGAUAAAUUUCAACUAAUUUCAAGCCUACUUGGUUUGGCUUCCAUUCCAUUUCCAAACAGUUUAAACAUUUUAUACAAAAAAAAGUAAACCUCUUUCCAAAUCCUUAAAAUGUUUGUUGUAACCUCUGUGGAAAUCCCAACAGUUUAACCAUUUUGGCACUGAAAGUCAAAGCGUGAAUACCGAUGUAAUCUUUCCAGCAGAGAUCCUAACCAUGGAAUCUUACACAGGAGCAGUAUCACCAUUUAUUUGUAACCGCACAUCUUUUGAACUAAAUGGAUCACAUUUAUGCAAUGAAAGCAUGUCUUCUAUCUUGGCUGAUAAAUCAGAAGAACACCAACAAUACAUUAUUGGGCUUUUCUUAUCAUGCCUUUACACUAUUUUCCUUUUCCCUAUUGGCUUUGUGGGAAACAUUCUGAUUUUAGUUGUGAACAUAAGUUUUCGGGAAAAGAUGACUAUUCCUGACCUGUACUUCAUAAACCUUGCAGUAGCGGAUUUGAUUUUAGUUGCUGACUCCCUCAUUGAGGUUUUUAAUCUUGAUGAAAAGUAUUAUGAUAUCACUAUAAUUUGCACUUUCAUGUCUCUGUUCCUUCAGAUCAACAUGUAUAGCAGCAUUUUCUUUUUGACAUGGAUGAGUUUUGACAGAUACAUAGCACUUGCAAAAGUAAUGAGGUCCAACAUAUUUCGUACUAUGCAGCAUGCUAGAUUAAGCUGUGGCCUCAUAUGGAUGGCAUCUAUCUCUGCAGCACUAGUGCCAUUUACAGCUGUACAUUUGCAGCACACUGGAGAGGUCUACUUUUGUUUUGCAGAUGUAGAAGAAAUCCAGUGGUUAGAAAUAACCUUAGGGUUUAUAAUCCCCUUUGUGAUCAUCGGUCUUUGUUACUCAUUAAUUGUUCGAGUUCUUGUAAAAGCACACAAACACAGGAGUCUUCGACUACGGCGCCAAAAGGCUCUUCGAAUGAUUUUUGUAGUCGUCCUGGUUUUCUUUAUCUGCUGGCUACCUGAAAAUGUCUUCAUUAGCGUUCAGCUUCUUCAAGAGAAAGGAAAGACUCUCUCUUCAGGCAACCAAUCUUUUCGGCAUGAUUAUCCCCUAACAGGACAUAUUGUAAACCUAGCAGCCUUUUCUAACAGUUGUUUGAACCCUCUGAUUUACAGUUUUCUAGGUGAAACUUUUAGAGACAAAUUACGGUUGUAUGUUGAACAGAAAACUAAAAUGACAACGUUCAGUCGUUUUUGUCAUGCUGCCCUAAAGUCAGUCAUUCCUGACAGUAAUGAGCAAUCAGAAGUUUAAUUUAGGAGUGCUGUAUAAAAACAUAACUGAAAAUUGCACAAAUAUAGAACAAAAUGCCUGCUACUAACAGUAAAAUAUAGGUAUGUAGAAUGCCCUGCUGAGUAUUGAAGGUUUAUACUCUAAAUAUUUUUAUGACAAGACUUUAAUGUGGAAGAAUACAUUUUAGUCAGAUUUAUAUUUAAUCAUCAACAGGAUUACUAAAAGCUGACUAAUAAGGGGCCUUUAGUUUGCAUUAUACAUGUAUGAAUGAUAAUUUAUCAGAAAACGUUAUCAGACUAGGAAGAAUAGAGGUAACUCGAUUAUCAGAGAAUAGCUACUUUGCUGUCGUAUGCUGGGUGUUCCCAUUUAAAUAAUGAAGCUGCCACAACAGUGGGAAAACUCAUUACAACAUAUUGAUGUGGAGAUGCAGAAAAAAGUUAUUGAUUUACCAUCCAAAUAUAGCCAUUUGAAAACUUUGCUAAGAACUACUGUGCUAUACACAGGACUGUAUAUGCUUUCUGUUCUAACAUACGUUUCAGGCACUGAUUUUUUUGUUUGUCUUAAUGUAAUAUAGAACUAGGAUGAAGAUUUUUUUCCUCGUUUGUAAUGUUCACAUCAACGCUUCAUCAAAUCUGAAGUCACGCAUAUUAUCCUCCUCAUCUGUAUUACCUUAUCUCAGAGAAUCCAUCAAAACAAAAUUCACUGCUUCAUUUUAUUUUUGAAUAUUGUCCAUAGAAAAAUCAGGGUCUUUUGUCACAAGCACAAACUACAGAUUAAAGUGUCCUAAUUAACGAAACUACUGCUAUCUUCAUUUUAAUUUUUGUGUGUGUAUGUAUACACACACACAGACAAACACAUUUACAUCAGUCACCACAUUUAAAUGAAAAUUGAACCAUUUUAAUAUUGUAACAAUAUCGGUCUUGGUUGUAAGAAUGGAAUUUGUUGUUUUUUUUUAAAAAUACUUGCCUUCUACAAAAAAACGACAGUGUAAGAAACUCUCAUUAAAAUGUUGGAAGCCUCAUUAUUUUUGGAAUCACACAAUUUCUGUAACUGAGAAAAUGAUGAGCCAUCAGGUCUUUUUCCAAAUCCACUCGCCUUUCUGGAUCUUAGAUACCUGCUGGCUUCUUUGUGGAUUUUCUCCUUCACAGAAAAGUCAUAUCAAGAAGAAAUAAAAGGAGGAGUUACGCAGUGGAUUGGGGGGGUGGGGAGGAAGAGAGACACACGACUUUUCCAAAUUCUGCAAGCCUGGAAACUAAUAAGUGAGCUUUGAACUCAGAUGCUCUGGCAUAUAGCAUGUAACAGGUUACUGCAAAGCCUUCACACAAGGUGCUAUCAAGUCUUAAAGAUCACAUUAAGACCACUAAAAAAACCCCAUAAACAUUAAAUCAGAGCUGCACUGAAAUAUUACUUGUUAUGUCUCUUGAAAUGCACAGAAGACUACACAUAUAUAAUCUCGCUACGUGCAGGCAGUUACGCAUACAAAUCUCUCCAAACUGAGAUAAGAGCCCUUCAUUCCUACUUCUCAUGUAUUCUACGUCGGCAUGGUUAUGACAUAUGAACAAGUGAUUUUUAGAUAAUUUUAAAGAACAUUUCUCAUGAAAUUACAUUUCUUCUGAAAUACCUGAGUUUCUUAAUGGAAGCUGCAGUCACAAAGGACUUGACCUAUAGGUGCCUAGGUACAACUUGGUGAUGGGUGGAUUAACAACACAUUUAGCUAGACAGAUAUUCCUCAAAUUGAUUUACAUGAAAACUGUAUGUUGGUGUUUCCUAUACCUGUUCGUUCUGGUGUUAUUUGCAUAUUUUCGUCAUCCACAGCAUCUAAGGAACAAUUUCACUUUUGCACAUCUUCCCCGUGGGAGUGUGAAUCCAUCUCCUCUCAGGGAAGACGUCUGCUUUAUCAUACCUUCUACGUGUAGAAUGAGUUGCUAUACAACACUUAGCAACAAAUCUCCCAUAUUUCUGCUAUCUAACAUGUGGUGUUUUGUCCUUUUCCCACCCACUUUCAUCUCUGCAAUUAACCAACAUUAUUCACCAGCUAUUGAUUUGCCAGUGUAUAUUAACUUCACCAUGGAAAGAUUGGCAUUUCAACUGACAUAGAAUCAAAGGAAUGGAUUCUUCUCUCAGGUAAGCACUGCAAAUGAUAAAAGUCAGCCACAUACAAAAAUCAUGCAUGUACAAAAAUCCUGGAUUGUUCCUGGCAAGUGUCAAAAUUACCAACAUAUCUUACCUGUAGUCAAAAAAAAAAACCCAACCCAAACCAGAAACCAAUAUCACAGAUCACUGAUUUUAUUUUAUUUAAGCUCACAAGAGGAUUGCCUAUUCUGUUUUUGGAGGCCCAAAGGAAUGUUUCUUCUUGUUAUAAUGGAUUGUAAUUAUAUCUGUUGGAUCUAUGUGUUGGAAGAAGGCCUUUUCAUCAGCACGAACAGAUUAUACAAAAAAGAGAAAGCAUUUAUGUUCAGAGAUCUACCAUGAUAGCAAAUAUUAGCAGAGCUCCCCUUCCUGUGAAUUAGCUGUUUCUACAUGUAAAAUAUAUUGGGAGAUCAUAAUCACAUACUAUUUACUCACCCAGUUCCAAAGGAUGUCCCAACAUGAGUAUCAUGUUCUAAACAUGAUAAAUUGUCUAACUUUGGAAAUAACUAAUUUUUGACAAUGUAUCUUCAAAACUCUGAAAACUUUUUGUAGUCAGCUAUUUUUAAUGUUCAGAUACCACAAUGACACCUAGAAAUAUCUAGGCAGGUUAGAUUGUUAUAGAGUGAAAAAACAAUGUGUAAUGUCAGGAAUGACAAAAUAUACAAUUCCUCUUACUGCCGUAAUGUACCACAUUUAGACCCAAAAUUACAAGUAUGCCUUACCAGGAUAAAAAAAAAAAAGGCAGUUUUCUGCUGCCUACACAUUUUAGUUUGAGUAUAAUUAUAUGCUUCUUGAAAUCCUAGCUAUAGUUCUUCAAUUACUCACUAAAUAAAGUCCUCUGCUAGGGUGCAGAAACAGCUCACCUCCUCCCACCACUUCUCUAUCUUCUCUUUUUUAAAUUCAUGUAAAUGAAGUAACAUUCACAUACAUGCCAUUAAACUUCUAUGUUUGCUUUAUCAUCUACAGCUGCAAUUAAACAUAAUCUGCCUACACCAUCACAUAUGGGAUCAACUUGUUUCCGGAGUUCAUCCAUUUACAUAAUGGACAAUAAUUUGCCAAAGCAGGUUUCCCCUGCCCUUCUUUGAAGUUGGAAGCUGUGUUUAUCAUUAAGUAUGAAGUGCUUUUGUGGGGGAGAAAAGGGGUACUCUGGGUUGCUCUCCCACUUUCUUCCUCAACAUCACCUUUGAGUCCCACAAUACAAUGACCUGCUCUUUAGCCAAGGAAGGUAGGUCAAAUCUCCAACUGAAGACCAUUAACUCUGUUCCAAACACUAGAUCAUUUAAGAAAACAUUUAAAAAAAACUCCUCACUUCCAGUUCACUCCCCCUACCAAUCUUCAACUCCCUGAAAGAGAGACUGGGUUUAGGACUCAAAUUCAGGUCUCCUGUAUAGCAGGAACCAAAGAUAAAAGUUAUAAGUAUUUUGCAUCUGCUAUUGAUUUUGAAGGGAACUUUUACCUGCAGCAAGAUUCUAGAGAAUUUAGAAAAAAUUUACAGCUAUAAAACAUCAUUAUUUUAAACUAAACCCAUAAUCUAACUGCAAUAUUUGUAUUGCCAAUUGUGUGAGGAGCAAACAACAAUUUUGUGUGUCACUGGACAGACCUAUCUUUUGUCAAAAAACAAUUUUGCUUUAAUCUAAAUUAAUUUAAUUAGCAACUAUUUCUAAGAACUAUUAAAUUUAAUUUUAAUUAAUGCUUUUUAUAAAUUUAAAUGCAUUCCAGAAAUACUCUGAACAAUUAGAUUUCCACUGUAAAAAAUAAAGGAUGUCCCAACAUGAGUAUAAA